AUGUUUGCAGAUGCAUCUGAGAAGGGCUAUGGCUGUUGUUUGUACGUGGUGACUGGUGUUGUUUCCUCUUUGUUGUUCGCGAAAGCAAAGGUGGCACCUGUGGCUCGGCCUACUCUCGCUCGUCUGGAGUUGCAAGCGGUGUGCCUUGCCGCGAAGGUGCUGUCAUUCGUUGUCAGUGAGCUGAGGAUUCCGAUCGAGCGGAUUGUUGGCUGGACCGACAGUCUGACUACUUGGCAUUGGAUCUCGAAGCCGUCGUAUCAGUGGAAGACGUAUGUCGCUAAUCGGGUAGCAGCUGUGCAAGAGGUGUCGCGGAAGUUGCACGUAGAAUGGCGUCACUGUCCCGGUGUGAGCAACCCAGCAGAUCUUGUGUCCCGCGGUGUUCCGGUGAGUGGCCUUCAGACAGUGAUAUGGUUGCAUGGCCCGCCUUGGUUAAGCGAGGAGUCUGAGUGGCCACAGUCGAUUUCGUCUCACAGCACGCAAGAGUCCGCCAUUGAAGCACGCGUAGCGGCAGUGAAUACAGUCAGGCAGUCAGUUGUUUGGCCAUGGGAGAAUCUUUCGAAGUGGCAACGGGCUCGUGGAGUUGUCGUGCGGAUGCUCCAGUGGAAGGAGCCGGCAACCCGCGCUGAGCUGUUCCCUAAAGCAGAAGCUUUCUUGUACCGGUCCAUCCAACAAGAGUGUUUCGCGGAGGAAAUCGCUAUGCUGAAAGAAGGCAAUUCCUUGCCUCCUAGUUCUCGCUUGUACAAGUUGUCACCCUUCCUCGAUGACGCUGGGUUGCUGCGGGUCGGCGGCAGGCUGCAGGAAAGUGAGCUAGGAUAUGACGCUAAGCACCCUAUCAUCCUAGCGAAACAUCAUCUGACCGAGCUCUUGCUGGAGAUGGUGCAUAAGCAACGAUUGCACCAAGGUGUCGAGAGCGUCCUUGCCUUUCUUCAACGCAAGUUUUGGAUUCUGUCUGGGCGUCGCCUGCUGAGAAGUGUUACCGAGAGAUGCUUUGCUUGCCGUUGGUUCAAGGCCAAAGCAGCAGCCGAGGUGGUGGCGCCCUUACCAGCAGACCGUGUUGAACAUCAACAGCCGUUCGGCCUUACAGGCAUAGACUACGCCGGUCCUCUUUACGUCCAAACGGGAGAGCGGUCCGCAAAGCGAUGGGUCGUGCUCUUUGUAUGUGGUACCACUAGAGCAGUUCAUCUGGACAUGGUGGAUAGUCUGUCAACAGAAGCGUUCCUUCUUGUCUAUCGCAGAUUCGUCGCGCGGCGUGGGAAGCCUUGCAGAAUUCGUUCGGACAACGCUACGACGUUCAAGGCUGCCGCGGAGAAGAUAGAGGUAGUGUGGAGCUUCAACCCACCCGCAGCACCCUGGUUUGGCGGGUUUUAUGAGCGCCUGGUCGCUUGCGUGAAGACACCUCUGAAGAAGGUGUUGGGCAAAGCGCUUCUGAAACCUGAGGAGCUGGCCACAGUCCUGGCGGAGAUCGAGGCAGUGGUGAAUUCGCGCCCGCUUACGUCCGUAUCAACGGACAUCGGUGAUGACAUGGCCUUGACCCCAGCCAUGAUGAUGGGAGAUGUCUUUGCACCAGGGGCCCCCGAGGUAGAAGACGGCCUUACAGCUGCACAAUUAUCGGCCCGGUUCAGUUACAUCAUCAAUGUCAAGGAGCACCUGAGGAAGCGGUGGCGGGAACAGUACUUGGUCGGCCUCAGCAGCUACCAGUCCGCCCAGGCCCGUCCGAUCAAGGCUGGUGAGGUUGUCCUGGUUGUUGACGACAAGAAGAAGCGGCAGCUUUGGCGCCUCGGUAGAGUGAUAGAGCUGUUCGCUGGUCGAGAUGGCAAGAGCCGAGUAGCACGGGUGAAGAUUGGUAACAGCACCAUGCUCCGGGCAAUUCCCCGUCUGGUUCCGUUGGAAGUGGCUAGUGAGCCCGAGCAAGUGGCUAGUGAACCGGAGGUGCCAAUCGAGCAGCUGGCAAAUACUCCAGCGGAUGAACAGAGUGAUCCCGUCUCAACCCCAGCAAGUCCAGAUGUGGGGCAACCGGCUGAGCCACGAGAGUCACCUUGUUUGAGGAGGUCUAGGCGGGCCGUCAGGAUCCCAGCUCGUCUUGACUUGUAG